AUGGACAAUAGCUACGACCUCCGAUCGGCGCUCGCCGAUGCGCUCCCCGCGGCGGGCCCCACCCGCGCUGCUGUGAAGGCCAUGGACGACAUCGGCUUCAAGGCCGACCCGAAGAAUAACGACAUGAAGGAGUUGUUCGUGGGCCUCGACAUCGCACAGCAGGAAGACGGUGGAGCAUCAGCUGGUGGUGGUGGGAGGAGCCAGCAGGCGAAGGCGGCGGCGGCGGCAGCGGGGCCAUCGGCGGCGCAAGUGCUGCUAGACUACCGAAGAGAGAAGAAGGAGGCCCAAGCGGCGGCGGAAGAGCAAGCGAAGAGCCUGCUGGCGGCGGGCAAGGAUCCGGCAUCGUUGAAACGCGCGAGUGCUGCUGCUGCUGCUGCUGCAGCCACCGCUGUUGGCGGAGGGGGGCUGGCGUGGGCGGCGGGAUUAGCCAGCAAGGAGGUGGACGAGGCCGCGGAAGACGAACGGUACCUGCGAAAGGCGAAUCUUUCCAAGACGGCCGCAAAAAUGAGCAGCAAGCAGAAGCGGCGGCGCAAGCAAGGCAAGGAGCAGGGGACAAGCUACGAAGAGAAGUAUGCCGGGAAGGUGGUCAACAGGUCGAAGCGAAAGGGACGGAUGCUCGCGAUGAAGCAGAUGUACUAGCCAUGUGACCAAGAUAGUUCUGCUCUGGGUUUGUUUGAGGGGGGAUUUGUUUUUUGCGCCAUAAACUACUUGAGAAGUGCGCGUACAAGUCGCUGUGUUUCCCAAGAGGAUGCUUGCUCGAUGUUUUUCUUCCAGUUUAUUUCCGGUCCGCGUUUGUGCCACAGUGUAGCUGUUUCGUUGUUGUCGCAACUUUUCGAACCCUUUUUUUUUUUUCACAAGCCGCCGCUUCUCGCCAAUCCUUUGGCUGGUGAUAUUCUAUUAUAUGGUGGAUUGAUGUAUAUUCGGUGGGGAAUUCCUCCUGCGUGACUUACCCCCGCUGGGCCAUAAAACAUAUAUGCCGAAGGGUGCAUGUAGACUGGCUGCCAGGAUAGAUGGGACGAAAAACAGAGGAAGUUGUGCGUGUGAUAGCCGGGGGGAGGUCAACCGCUUGAUCUGAGUGACGGGGCGGGUGCUCUCCAUGAACAUCAUGUCUUGACCGGGCAUCGUUUUCUGCCCAGGUUUAGUCAAGUGCGUGCCAUGCCGUGUUGACUUGCUGUCGUUCAGUUGCCGAUUUGACUCUGUUUAAACAGUGUGCCAGCUAGGAUAUUCACAUUCGCUGCGAAUCGGUUGCGCUGGGAUGGGGGAUUCCACAGCUGUAGGUUCAUUGUGUACUGUUGGGUUCGGAUCAAAUUCACAGACCGAUCUGUUGGUGUUUUUUGUAUCUAUUGCGUUUGCUCUUGUAUGUUUCCUGCAAGAAAGGCAUUCAUCAAGCAAAGCGCCUUCAACGCAAUCGUUUCGUGACCCAUGCCGCGCAGCACUUCGCCUUUCUCCAUGGACACAUCCGUCUCUCACGAACUCCGUCAGGUGUUUGUGUGGUGUACGGGUGUCCGUUGCUUGUCGAUUAUAGCUCGGUGCGCGAGUGUGCGGCGUGAUACGUUGAACUGGCUCGAUGUCUCGCAGCGUCGGUUGGCUACUCCGCAUCGAUGUUGGUCGGGAGAUACAGCAGUAGGUAGUGCUGGGAAGCAAGCACCAUCGCGGAUUGAUAUCCUUUCGGGUGCCUGUGUGCGUGUUCCAUAUUUUUUUUUCACGAAAUGGUGAAUGUUU